CCCUAGUUUGAGUGGCAGAACAAUCACAAUUCACAAAAUGAGUUCCGGAGAAUUGGGCUGCAUUUACGCCACCUUGAUCCUCCACGACGAUGGAAUCCCAAUCACCGCGGAGAAGAUCGGCACUUUGUUGAAGGCUGCUAAUGUCACCGUUGAAUCUUACUGGCCAGGCCUAUUCGCUAAGUUUGCACAGAGCAAGAACGUUGAUGAUCUCAUUUUGAAAUCCGGCGCUGUUGGUGGUGUCGUCGUUGCCGUAUCUGCACCUGCUUCUGUAGGUGGAGCCACAGCAGCAGCUGAACCUGCCGCCGUUGAAAAGAAGGAGGAAGCCAAGGAAGAAAGUGACGAUGACAUGGGCUUUAGUUUGUUUGAUUAAGUUUCUCUUUAUAGUUUGUUGUAGCC